GUUGUGCAAUAAAGACUCCAUCCUCAUUCACAGAAAAAAACCAAAACAUACAGGAAGCUGCUUGUCUUUCUUUCUUAUAGCCUACUUUGUACGAUUUUUAAGCAACCAUGGGCAACACACCCUCACGUCAAUCGGAACUUGAGAUAGAAGAGAAAACCAUCUUCUUAUCCAGCAAGAAAGUGUACAGGAUUCCUGCUCUUUUCUACGACAGAGACAGAAAACGCCUCUUGGCCUUUGCGGAGAGGCGGAAGACUCGUGCUGAUACCAGCACAGAGGUGCUGGUUAUGAAGACAGGAAUGGUGAUCAAGGAUGAAGACACUCAUGAAGUGACGAUAAAGUGGUCACAGCAAAAAGUGGUGGAGGAGGCACUCCUUGAGGGAUACCGUCCUAUGAACCCCUGCCCGGUUUAUGAGAAGACCAGCAAAACACUCUUCCUGUUUUUCAUCUGUGUUGAAGGCACCGUUUCAGAGCAGUGGCAGAUACGGCACUGCUGCAACAAGACUCGUCUCUGCUAUAUCACAACUACCGAUGCUGGCGAAAGUUGGAGUCCCGUGACUGAUUUGACUGACUUGAUGGCUGAAAUCAAGCAGUGGGCCACAUUUGGUGUUGGGCCAGGCCAUGGUAUUCAAACAGAGAGUGGUAGAUUGAUUGUCCCAGUUUAUGCAUAUGUUCCGAACUGUUAUUGGUGUUGUUCACCAUGUUGUUCACCGUGUUGUUCACCGUGUUGUUCACCGUGUUGUUCACCGUGUUGUUCACCGUGUUGUUCCUAUACUCCAUAUGCACUCUCCCUGCAUAGUGACGAUAAAGGCAGCACAUGGCAAUUUGGCAAAAUGCUUAAAAAUGAGUCACUCGAAUGUGAAAUGGCAGAGUUUUUUGAUGGAACACACAGCUUCAUCUACUGCAAUGCCCGUAGCAAGGGGGGUUACCGAGAAGAAGCUCUCAGUGAAAGUAAAGGAGAUGAUUUUUACGAGCUGAGUCCAGGAAAGCUUGUUGAGGCAGGUUCAGGCUGUCAGGGAAGUUUGGUCUCCUUUCCAGUUCAGAGUGACGCUGCACAUGCAGAUAAUGAUCCAAACAAGUGGCUGCUCUACAGCCACCCAAGCAAUAAAUCCAAAAGGUUUGCGUUAGGAGUGUAUCUGAAUAAGACUCCAAAAGACCAGAGAGCAUGGAGCGAACCCUGGAUCAUUAACAACGAGCCCAGUGGUUACUCAGACCUGGCUUACAUUGAUGACGGGUGGUUCGCAUGUCUUCUGGAGUGUGGGAAGAAAUGUGAAACUGAACAGAUAGCCUAUAAGGUUUUUAGCUACAGUGAAAUAAAGAAGGGCAUUUUAGUGUAAAAACCCAAUGCUUUUACGUGACAGGACACUUUUCUCUGUGGCUUUACCACAAAUUACAGUUCCAUAGUAACCUGUUGUGUAAUACAAGUACUACAACUGCACUGAAAUCAUUUUUACACCUACUGAAUAUAUUAUAAGGGGGUGAUUAAAGUGUGUAUAAUGAUUUAAAAUCAAAGUUAUAGUUACUUACACCAUCCAUUCAAAUGAUUGACUUUGUUUGGAUUUUGAUUUCAGCUGUAACAACAGUUAAACUUAUGAUACCGUACUAACAUGUUAUACUUCUGAGGUGUAAUUCAAACUAUGCUAUAUUGACAGAGUUUAUUAAAUGUAAAGAGUAAAACAAGAUUUUUGACAAA